AUGUCAUUGAAAACGCGUGUAAAAGAUGUUCAGGCAUCUGCUGAGGCAAAUGCCGGAGGGCCUGCUCGUUUACAGGUAGAUCCGGAUACUAUUCCCGACGACGACAAGCCAGCACAAUCGGGAAGUGUCUUCAAUAUCUGGUAUUUGAAAUGGUCUGGUGGAGGAGAUAGUUCCUCGAAACUGAAUUACACCAAGCUGAAGUUCAGAACAAAUAUCAAAAAGGAUUCAGGUUAUACACGAGCAAGACCAGGAAGUUCGAUAUGCUUAUUCUUUUCUCGUGGAUGUUGCUACCUCGGCAAGAAGUGUCCUUAUUAUCAUCGCAUACCCAUUGAUUCCGACUAUUUCAAGCCGACACAAGACUGUUUUGGUCGUGAUAAGACGUCCGAGUACCGUGAUGACAUGGACGGAGUAGGCUCGUUCAAUCGUUCCAACAGAACUUUGUAUGUGGGAGGGUUGAAUGUGACAGACAAGACGGAAAGCAUAGUAACUAAGCAUUUUGCGGAGUUUGGCCAGAUCGAGAAGAUUCGAGUGCUACACGGCAAAUCUUGUGCAUUUAUAACGUAUCGGCUCGAAUCACAAGCGCAAUUUGCCAAAGAGGCGAUGCAAAACCAAUCAUUAGAUGCUAACGAGGUGCUAAACAUCAGAUGGGCCAAUGAAGAUCCCAACCCCCAGGCUCAGAAACAGGAAAAAAGACGUAUGGAGGAAAUAGCACUAGAAACGGUCAAGAAACUCUUAGCCAAAGUAGAAGACCAAAAGCCAAAAAUAAAGAAACAGAAAGUAGAAGUAGAGGAGCCUGAGGAGGAGGAUGUUGAGGAAGUAGAAGUUGAUAUAAAGAAAAUAGAACCAGUUCCACUUUCAACCUCUUCUUCUUCUCCAAGAAAUUUUUUUGAUAAUUCGACUUUGGAUAAACUAGCAUUAUCCAGAAUCAACAAAAAACAACUACAUGAAGAGAAACAAAAAGCAGUAUCUGCUUUAGUUGGAGGUUACGAAAGUAGUGAAGACGAAGAGUGA